AGGAUGAAACGAUGGGAAGAUUCUAGAACCCCCGAAUGAAGAAAAAUAAUAUAAAACCACAAUUGAAAAUACUUCAUAAACCUUUGUAAAACCCUAAAAGAGUGUCUUGAGAUUUCUGAAGAAUUUCAUCCCUCUGGUGCAGGCUUGUGCGCUCCAAAUGGCUCGGCGUUUGAUUCCACUGUUGAAUCGGGUUUUGGUGGAGAAAAUUGUCCCUCCAUCAAAAACUAACACUGGCAUUCUGUUACCCGAGAAAUCCUCCCAGCUGAAUUCUGGAAAAGUUAUUGCUGUUGGCCCUGGCAUUCACAGUAAGGAUGGGAAGCUAAUUCCUGUGGCGGUUAAGGAAGGUGACACUGUUCUUUUGCCUGAAUAUGGGGGAACUGAGGUGAAGCUUGAUAACAAAGAGUAUCAUCUAUAUAGAGAUGAUGAUAUACUGGGAACACUGCAUGAUUGAUGUCAAAGUCAUUGGCGGACCUUGCUGUAGCAAUUCAUUUGCUAGGUGUUCUGCUGUGCUAUGGUGAAGCAGUUUCUUUCUGUUCUGAUUUUUAUUUUUAUGUAUGAUGUAUCGUCUACAAUUUACAUUUUGUUCUGGACCAAAAAACCUUCAAUUUUAAGCUAACAGUUAAGAAUGCUAUUUUCUGCAACAUCUGGGGACACCACU